ACAGCUGAACAAGUCGUUCCUUCAAUCAAAACCGAUGCCGAGUCGCUUCUGAAGUUCAAACAGAUGAUUGACAAGGACCCGAAUGGAGUCUUAUCAGGUUGGCAGCUUGGUAAGAAUCCAUGCACCUGGUUUGGAAUCACAUGCACUGCAGGCAGAGCAACUCAGCUCAAUCUCAACGGUGGUUCACUAGUUGGGACAAUCUCUCUCGACCCUUUCUCUUCUCUUGAUAGGCUCUCUGUCUUGAAACUCUCUGCCAACUCGUUCAAUGUAAAUUCCACUUCUUUGCUUCAGCUUCCAAAUAGUCUCAAACAGCUUGAUCUGUCCUUCACCGGAAUCUCCGGUGUUGUCCCUGAGAGCCUUUUCUCAAGGUGUCCCAAUCUCGAAGUGGUAAAUCUUGGUUUCAACAAUUUAACAGGUCCUUUGCCUAAGGACUUGUUGUUGAACUCUGAUAAACUACAAGCUCUAGACUUGUCUUAUAACAACCUAACCGGGUUCAUGUCCGGUUUCAAAAUCGACAAAUAUUCUUGUUCUUCAUUAGCUCAGCUUGAUUUCUCAGGAAACCGCAUCAAUGGUUCUCUUCCUAUGUCCUUGUCGAACUGCACUGCUCUCAAAACCAUAAACUUAGCAUAUAAUAUGCUUUCUGGGGAAAUCCCAAGAUCUUUUGGGCAACUCAGCAGUCUACAAAGACUGGACCUUUCUCACAAUCAAAUCACAGGUUGGAUCCCUCCUGAACUAGGAAAUGCAUGCAACUCACUUCUAGAGCUUAAGCUUUCAUACAACAACUUCACUGGCCCAAUCCCAUCAGCUUUCUCCUCUUGUUCUUGGCUCCAACUUCUUGAUCUUUCCAACAACAACAUAUCAGGCCCCUUGCCAGAUUCUCUCUUCCAGAAUCUAACCUCCUUGGAGAGCUUGCUUUUGAGUAACAACAUCAUAUCUGGAUCUUUUCCGGGUUCCAUUUCAGCUUGCAAAAGCCUGCAGGUUUUAGACUUGAGCUCUAACAAAAUAUCUGGUGUGAUCCCGGCUGAUUUAUGUCCUGGAGCUGCUUCACUUCAGGAGCUGAGGAUGCCGGAUAACCUUAUCAUAGGAGAAAUCCCUGCUCAACUUUCGCAAUGUUCGCAGCUCAAGACUAUUGAUCUGAGCUUGAACUAUCUCAACGGUUCGAUUCCUGCUGAGCUUGGGAAGCUGGAGAACCUGCAGCAGCUGAUAGCAUGGUACAAUGGCUUGGAGGGGAAAAUCCCACCAGACUUGGGAAAGUGCAAGAAUCUCAAGGAUCUCAUUCUCAAUAAUAACCGCCUCAUCGGAGAAAUCCCCACUGAAUUGUUCAGUUGCAGUAAUCUUGAGUGGAUAUCAUUGACAAGCAAUAGAAUCAGUGGCGAAAUCCCAAGGGAGUUUGGUGUCUUGACAAGGCUGGCUGUCCUGCAACUUGGGAAUAAUAGCCUGAGUGGGCAGAUACCAGGAGAGUUGGCAAAUUGUAGCAGUUUGGUUUGGUUGGAUUUGAACAGCAACAGGCUAACUGGAGAAAUCCCAGCAAGACUAGGAAGACAGCUCGGCGCGGAAUCAUUGAGUGGAAUUCUGUCUGGCAACACUUUGGUGUUCGUUCGCAAUGUGGGGAAUUCAUGUAAAGGUGUAGGAGGUUUGUUAGAGUUCGCUGGAAUCAGACCUGAAAGGCUUUUGCAGGAUCCAACUCUUAAGACUUGUGAUUUCACCAGAUUGUACUCUGGCCCUGUCCUCAGUCUGUUUACAAAGUACCAAACACUUGAAUAUCUUGAUCUUUCUUAUAAUCAGCUCCGGGGGAAAAUCCCAGAGGAAUUCGGAGAAAUGAUUGCGCUGCAAGUUCUUGAGUUAGCUCACAACCAGUUAUCAGGUGAGAUUCCUGCAUCGCUUGGCCAGCUUAAAAAUUUAGGUGUGUUUGAUGCAUCACAUAACAGACUGCAGGGUCAUAUCCCAGAUUCAUUCUCCAACUUAUCAUUUUUGGUUCAAAUUGAUUUGUCCUACAAUGAAUUGACUGGGGAGAUCCCCACAAGGGGACAGCUGAGUACACUUCCUGCUACCCAAUAUGCUAACAAUCCAGGACUUUGUGGGGUACCAUUGCCAGAGUGUUCAAGCAGCAAUAACCAACCAAGCAUCACUCCAAGUGAUGAGGAUGCAGGCAAAGCAAGUCGAAAAUCAUCAGUUGCUUCAUGGGCCAAUAGCAUUGUUGUGGGGAUUUUUGUUUCUGUUGCUUCAGUGUGUGUUCUGAUUGUGUGGGGUAUUGCAAUGCGUUCAAGGCGGAAGGAAGCGCAAGAGGUGAAGAUGCUUAACCGCUUGCAGGCAUCUCGUGCAGCAACCACAUGGAAAAUUGACAAAGAGAAAGAACCAUUGAGCAUCAACGUUGCUACUUUUCAGAGACAACUAAGGAAGCUCAAGUUCUCCCAACUCAUUGAGGCAACCAAUGGUUUCUCGGCAGAUAGUCUUAUAGGUUCUGGAGGUUUUGGAGAAGUGUUCAAGGCGACACUGAAGGAUGGUUCGAGUGUUGCAAUCAAGAAACUCAUACGAUUGAGUUGCCAAGGUGACCGCGAAUUCAUGGCGGAGAUGGAAACUCUUGGAAAGAUUAAGCAUAGAAAUCUUGUGCCAUUAUUGGGCUACUGCAAAAUCGGUGAAGAGAGGCUGCUAGUCUAUGAGUUCAUGGAGUAUGGAAGCCUCGAAGAAAUGCUGCAUGGGAGAACAAGGACGCGCGACAAAAAGAUCCUAUCAUGGGAGGAAAGGAAAAAAAUUGCAAGAGGUGCAGCUAAAGGAUUGUGUUUCCUUCACCACAAUUGCAUCCCUCACAUCAUACACAGAGACAUGAAGUCGAGCAACGUAUUGUUGGACAAUGAAAUGGAAGCAAGAGUUUCGGAUUUUGGAAUGGCAAGGCUCAUAAGUGCACUUGAUACACACUUGAGUGUAAGCACAUUAGCAGGCACCCCUGGCUAUGUUCCACCAGAAUACUACCAAAGUUUCCGGUGCACUGCAAAAGGCGAUGUUUAUUCAUUUGGGGUUGUCCUAUUGGAGCUUGUGACAGGAAAGCGCCCAACAGACAAGGAGGACUUUGGAGAUACUAAUCUAGUUGGAUGGGCGAAAAUGAAAGUGAGAGAAGGGAAACAGAUGGAAGUGAUAGACCAGGAAUUAGUUUCGGCAGCCAAAGGAAGUGACCAAGCAGAAGCCGAAGAAGUGAAAGAGAUGGUGAGGUAUUUGGAAGUAACACUUCGGUGUGUUGAUGAUUUCCCUUCCAGAAGGCCAAACAUGUUGCAGGUGGUGGCCUUGCUCCGCGAGCUGAUGCCCGAAUCAGCAAGUGGAAGCAGCAACAGCGCUUGA